AUGUGGAGCUAUCUUCGGUCAUAUUUUGAACCUACUGAUCCACAACAGUUUGGCCUGGCUCUUCCACCCCAGCCGGUGACCAUCCGAGGCAUCAGAUUCCCUGCUGAUAGGUCCAAACCCCACCUACUCUCUCUCACUACAACGACAUACGGCGUACAUGAUGGAGGUGAUUGUUGUUGGGGUCACAUCCCGGAUUUAAGAGGCUUCUGGGAGACCACAAGGGCAUGGCAGUGGCGAGACUUUGAAACAUUUCAUCUCGACCGACAACCACUCGGCAGCUGUAAUGGACUAUACGUUCUCUUCUACUCGUUCGACCUCGAGACAUUGCCCGAGAACAAUAACUUUCCGCCGGCGAUCUUUGGGCGGCAGCGGGCUUUCGCUGGCGAUGCGUUUGUUGUCAAACUUAAGAGCGAUGACAUCGAGUCGGAUCUUGGAGAUGAUGGGUGGGCGGCCUGGGAUGAUGUGCCCUUGGAUAUCCUAACCCUACCGAUUAUGAAAAUCUGA